GCUUACGUCGACACCCAUCUCAUCGGGAGUGGCAAAGUUUCUAGAGCCGCCAUUAUUGGCAGACAGGGGGGUGUCUGGGCCAGUUCAGCGGGAUUUGAUCUCUCGGCGCAAGAGCAAACCGAGAUUAUACAGGCAUUAGCUAACAAGGAGUCGGUGCAGUCAAAGGGCAUCCGAGCGGCAGGGGUCAAGUACUUCUACACGGAUGCCACUGAACGGAGCAUUUAUGGGAAAAAGGGGCCCGACGGAAUUGUGCUUGUACAAACGAGCCAGGCAAUUCUGGUCGCUAUCUAUCUCGCUCCUAUCCAAGGCCCAGAGGCCAUAAAUGUCGUCGAAAAACUCGCCGACUACCUCAUCAGCGUAAACUACUGA